ACAUGGCAGUACUACACAUAUUGUGCUCAUUAAAUGUGCUCAUAAUCCGGGUUUAGAGCUCAGUUCGCUGAACGAACUACAUUUUAUUCUGAAUGUUGAACAUCAAACACGUUCACCUUUCAUCUUUUAUCUUUGUAAAUCAUUAGCUUACUCCAAUGUGUAACUGGUCAUAAGAGCACACCGACGUGGCAGUGGAAUAUUUGGUUCAAAUCCCAGAACAAAAGCUCUGGAAACUCUGAUCAGCAUCACACCACAGUCCAGCACUGAAUCCAGGUUAGGUUAACCUGAACACUGAACUCUGACCUCAUGUUUACACCCGUCAGGUGUGUGCUGGAAGAGUGACUCAUGAGUCGAGUAACAAAGGAGCGAAGGGUGCAGUAUAAAUCGUACACCCAUUUCAUUAAAAGAAACAAAAACAGAUACAAUAUACAGAUCAUCUGACAGGAUGAAUACAAAGAGAUGAGCAGACAAAACAUACAAAAAAUCACCUCAGAUAUUUCUCCUGAGAAAAAGAGUCAGAAAUGUCACAGAUGUGUCUGUCACGGAGUUUGAGAAGAGAUGUCAACAAACUGUGUCAAACUGAGCUCGUCAAGUCUGCAUCAAAAGUCAAUAUUAGUGAAGAUCUCGAUAUGAACUCAAACAUUUUUUUGCUUGCACUUGGAAGGCCUUAGUUUGAAUACAUUUCAUGAAUAAUUGGGACAUUCUGUCAGUUCCAGCUUUCAGGUGGGUUAAAGAACAGCAUGUUUCUCUUACAUCAUCUGUCCUUGAGCUCAUGCUAGUGUUUUAUCUAUUAAGAUUUCAGUGUUCAGUUGUUGUGUGAAGCGCUAAUAAAUGAUUUCCCUGCAUUUAUCAUCUUUUAGACUGUGUUAUUGCGUGGAUUAAGUAGAUUCUAAAAAUGCUGGAUUGUUUCGACCCAUGAGCAAACCAAACCAUUGCUUUCAAUUUAGAAAAUGACUUUUUUAAGGGGAAAAUGUCCAUAUUUCACCCAGCCAGCAUACUAUUUUAAACCUUCUCUUAAAAAACACUUUUACAUUUAUGAAUGUUAACAUUGACGUUGAGAGAACAUGCCAUUACAUAACAAGUAAAGCUAUACGGGCUUGUCACAAUUUAUCCCAAAUAAUCACAUUCCAGGGCAAUAAUGGUGGAAACGUUUAAUGACUAUUUGGGUAGUCAAGGCAACACUGUAAACACAAUAUUGAAUUGAGUAUAUGAAUUAUUACAACUAGUGAUGGUUGGUUUGUUUGAAGAGUAUUGCCGAUUUGGUCUGCAAAAUGCAUGAGGCAAUAUUGCGCAACGCACAUUCCUCACUGGAGUGCGCAUGGAGACGCGUCAGCACAUUUCCAACAGACGCCCGUGCCCAUGUAGCGCUUAAUUUACCACACCAAGCGUGCUUUUCCUUGUGUCGUUUUAUAUUCACCAUUCGGUAUCCCGAGGAGGAGCCGUCUUUUCUAUGAAUCUCCCUUUCUUCUCCAAUCAGAGAGCGCGUUUGGAUAUGGGCUCAUGAUCGGACACAUCCCAUUACUGACGCCUCCCAUCAUUCACGCGUCCAUGAAGAGUCUCCCUGAGCGCGCCUCGAGUCCGGGACUGAGGUAAGAGAGGAGGAAAUCCCGUUCCAGGACAGAUUAGAGCACCUCCAGACUACACAUUAUUGUUAUUCAUGCGUAAAGUCGUGCGUCUCCACCCCUCACCCUCGUGGUCUUUCGGGUUUAUGAGCUGUGAGCCAUACAGACCCGGGCAUUACAGAGUGCAUGAAUAUUUAAAGCACACAGAGGCUGACUGAACAGUCGUUGGUGUAAAGACUUUAAUCUGUACUGAAUUUUAUUUUUAAUAACUGAGCAUGGACCAAGGUAAGACACAUUUAUUUGAGAAACUAUUUUUCUUGUUCUCACAGUAUUUUGAGUUGUAUGCAAAUAUUGAUUUUAAUCGAAUGGCACCUAUUGCCUCAUUAUAAGAUGUUUGUCUUAUUCUGUCAAUAUUUGUGGUAGAAAAGCAAGAGACCUUGGAACAUUAUCUGCAACAAUCCCAAGCGUUUCUCACUUUGAUCUUGCAGAGUAAAACUUUAAAUACAUGUUUUGCCCCUUGCAUCUUAUUAAUAAUAAAGCUUAAAAUUGCACAAAAUUAUGCAAUUUGAAAAAAUAAUUCAUGCAAUUAAUGUCAUGGCCAAAUUCUGGAUAAUUACAGUAAUUGUCUGAUUUUCAGUGCCUGAAUUUACAUGAUCAUUAAAGGUACACAAUUCUUUUAAACAGUACAGUUGCUUUGAUCUGGAUGUUUGAUGAAUUUAGGUCACAUUUACAGCAUUAAGUAUUUGCAACAUAGUGAAACUGGACAUUCCGUUUUCAGAAAGGGACGGUGUGUACUCACAGCACUUAUAGCAAUUAUAGCUACUGUAGAAUUACUGUAUUAAAGAAUUGUAUUCCACUCACCAUAAAUGACUACACAUGUAGUGUCAUCACCCUGUGAUGGAUAUUGUCUUAGAAACGGAGAGAAACACCAUGACGGAGUUUUGGAAGGAACACUCCAAGUUGGCGACGGUAGAGGAGAUGAUGCUGGAUUCUAACGCUCAACAGCUGACCCAACAUGAACUUCCAGAGAUCCUCUCAAUGCUGCCAUGUCUGGCCGGGACCCAUGUGCUGGAACUCGGAGCUGGAAUUGGCCGUUACACGCGUCACCUCAUUGGCAAGGCCCGUCACGUGACCGCAGUGGACUUCAUGGAGAACUUAGUGGAAAAAAACAGAGAGGACAACAGUCACCUAGGCAACGCUGAGUUCCUCCAAGCUGAUGUCACAAAGCUGGACUUCCCAAAACACAGUUUUGACUUGGUCUUCUCUAAUUGGCUGUUGAUGUAUCUGAGCGAUCAUGAGUUGAGGUCAUUGGCUGAAAAGAUGCUCAAUUGGCUCCGCCCAGGCGGGCACCUGUUCUUCAGAGAGUCCUGCUUUCACCAAUCAGGUGACAGCAAGCGAGAUUUUAACCCCACCCACUACAGAACCCCCGCCCACUACAACCACCUUAUGACAUCAGUGGUGCUGGACGAAUCAGAGAAGGGUGGAAAGAAAUGCUGCGGUUUUGAUAUAGUCCUCAACAAACCAGUUCAGACCUACGUCAAGAUGAAGAAGAAUCAGAAUCAGCUGUGUUGGAUCCUGCAGAAGGUUCGGCGUGAUGUGGUCGAGCAGCAUCAGGGCGGAUUCUCCACCUUCCAGCAGUUUCUGGAUAACCAGCAGUACACCCGCAGAGGAAUCCUACGCUAUGAGAAGAUGUUCGGCUCUGGAUACGUCAGCACAGGAGGACCCAGCACUACGAAGGAGUUUGUGGAGAUGUUGAACUUGACCCCCGGACAGAAGGUGCUGGAUGUCGGCUGUGGUAUUGGAGGUGGAGAUUUCCACAUGGCCAAGACUUUUGGUGUAGAAGUUCUGGGGAUGGACCUGUCGUCUAACAUGGUGGAGAUCGCUAUGGAGAGAGCCGUCACAGAGAAACUUCCUCUAGUGCAGUUUGAGGUGUCAGAUGCCACGAAGAGAAGCUUUCCUGACUGCACCUUUGACGUGGUGUACAGCAGAGACACCAUCCUGCACAUCAAGGACAAAGUUGACCUCUUCAGAAAGUUUUAUUCGUGGUUAAAGCCAGGCGGGAAGCUUCUGAUCAGUGAUUAUUGUUGUGGAGAACAGCCGUGGUCUCCGGCGUUUCAGGAGUAUGUGAGUCAGAGGGGCUAUAUCCUCUACACACCUCAGAGAUACGGACAGUUUCUGACAGAGGUGGGAUUCACGAAUGUUCAAGCUUUGGACAGAACAGAACAGUUUAUUCAAGUCAUGAAGUCUGAAUUACAGAGAGCAGAGGAGAUCAAAGAAGCUUUUAUACAGGAGUUCUCCAGCGAAGAUUAUGAUAUUAUCAUAAAGGGAUGGACAGAGAAACUACAGCGCUGUGAGACUGGAGACCAACGCUGGGGACUUUUCUACGCUACCAAAGACUGAGAGAGAGAGAGAGAGAGAUCCAACAAAUGAUCAAACCAAAAAUCAGCUGUUAUUAAAUACACUAUUCUGUUAAAUUCUGUGAAUUGCAAGACAGUGUUGUAAUUUGAUUUCCUCUUAGAACAAUAUAAUAAAAAUAUCCAAUUUUAUUUACUAUAUUUGUUUGUAUGACUUGUGAUAUUAAAAUAUGUUAUAAAAAAAACAUUAAAACAAAGUAGACAACUUCACAAACAUUGUUUGUGCCUCACUGAGACCUAGAGAUGUAUUCUAUACAGUCAUCAAGGUGGGACUACAAUAUAUUUUGGAGCUGCACCUUGGCAAAAUCUUAUUGAUUU